AUGACGAUUUCUCCUUCCCUACUAUCCUCCUCCUCCUCAGUCUCCCACUUCCUCCCUCGCUUCCCAAACUCCACCAGGCUCAAUGCACUUCCUUCACGUACCAGAGCCCUCACCGUCCUCGCAACAUCCGUAACCGACCUAACCUCCGUCGACAGCACAACCAUCGCCGUACUCGGAGGCGGAUCCGUAGCAGCUCUAGCGACGAUCGUCUCCCUAACGGAUCCGGAGAGGAGGCGGAAACUGCAAGCGGAGGAAGUCGGGGGAGGCGACAAGGAGGUUGUGAGGGAGUAUUUCAACAGCACCGGGUUCGAGCGGUGGAGGAAGAUCUACGGAGAAACCGACGAAGUGAACCGCGUCCAGAAAGAUAUACGAAUCGGCCACGCCAAAACCGUUGAGAAAACGAUGCUUAUGUUAACUGAAGAAGGUUCGUUAGCAGGCGUAACGGUCUGCGACGCUGGUUGCGGAACUGGAUUGCUCUCGAUUCCACUUGCUAAGGAAGGUGCGAUCGUCUCCGCUAGCGAUAUCUCUGCAGCUAUGGUCGCCGAAGCUGAGAUGAAGGCGAAGCAGCAGUUAGGAUCAGAGAAUCUACCGAGAUUUGAAGUGAAUGAUUUGGAAAGCUUGAGUGGGAAGUAUAACACAGUUGUAUGCCUAGACGUGUUGAUACAUUACCCUCAGAACAAAGCUGAUGGGAUGAUUUCACACCUCGCUUCGUUAGCUGAGAAGAGAGUGAUUCUGAGUUUCGCACCGAAGACGUUUUAUUACGAUAUCUUGAAGAGGAUUGGUGAGCUUUUCCCAGGUCCUUCAAAGGCUACGAGAGCUUAUCUACAUUCGGAGGCGGAUGUUGAAAAUGCUUUGCGUAAGGUUGGGUGGAGGAUCAGCAAGAGGGGACUUAUUACAACUCAGUUCUACUUUUCUAGGCUUAUCGAAGCAGUUCCAAUGUAG